GUCUUGCUCUGUAUAACAUAUACCUCCACAUUUGAGCUGAAUGGGAGUUCAGUGUUGAAGAUUGCUGAGGUUUGCAUUGAGACAUAUGUAUCUAGCUGUCACCAGCGGAGCAUUAACACCGCUGUGCGGGCAACCCUCAGCCAAAUGUUGAGUGACUUGACUUUACAGUUACGACAAAAGCAAGAAAACAUGACAAUUGAAAACCAUGACACCUUGCAGAAAUUCAAGAGUCAAGGUACUUCAGCUGAGUCUCUUUGUGAUGAUGUUGUAUCUGUCCUCACUGUCCUCUGUGAGAAGCUCCAGGCUGUCAUAAAUGACAAUCGUCAACUUCAGCUUCUUUACUUGGAGUGCAUCCUCUCCAUGUUGAACAGCUCCUCUCCCAGCAUGCACCAGCACAAAGGAUUCACUGAUCUCAUAUGGAAGCAACUGUGUCCAGCACUAGUAGUAAUCCUGGGAAAUCCAAUCCAUGACAAAACUAUCACCUCUGCCCACAGCAGCAUCUGUCUUGAGGCUGAUUCACCUUCCUCAGGGAUCUCUGAUCAUGGCCGGGGUUCAGGUUGUUCCUCCACAGCACCUGCACUUAGUGGGCCCGUUGCACGGACCAUAUAUUAUAUUGCAGCAGAACUGGUUCGACUGGUGGGGUCAGUGGAAUCCAUGAAGCCUGUGCUGCAGUCUCUCUAUCACCGGAUAUUGCUUUACCCACCACCUCAGCACCGAGUAGAAGCUAUCAAAAUUAUGAAAGAGAUACUUGGCAGUCCUCAGCGGCUUUGUGAUUUGGCAGGGCCCUGCUCUUCUGAGUCAGAAUCCAGGAAGAGGUCUAUUUCUAAAAGGAAGUCCCAUCUGGAUCUUCUCAAACUAAUCAUGGAUGGGAUGACAGAAGCAUGCAUCAAAGGUGGUAUUGAAGCGUGUUAUGCUUCAGUGUCCUGUGUCUUUGCCCUGCUCGGGGCAUUAGAUGAGCUGAGCCAAGGGAGAGGUCUUAGUGAAGAGCAGAUCCAGCUGUUGCUCCAGCGCCUAGAAGAUUUGAAGGAUGGGACCGAGACGAGCCGGGACUCCAUGGAGAUCAACGAUGCUGACUUCAGGUGGCAGAGGCGCAUCCUGUCCUCAGAAAACCCAGCCUGGGAGUCAGGAAAUGAGAAAAGUCCUGACAUUAGCAUUAGUGUUACCACAGACACUGGUCAGACCACUUUGGAAGGGGAAAUGGGACAGACAACUCCAGAGGAUAACCCAGAAAUUCAAAAAAACUCACUGCCCUCUCCAGCUGGGCAUGAAAGCAAAGAGAUUCAUUAUAGAGAACCGGAGUCAGAAACCAUUGACCAGCCAGAUGUUGUUCAGAGAAUCCACACCAUAGUGUACCCAGAUAUAACUAACUUCUUAUCAGUUGAUUGCAAGACCCGGUCCUAUGGAUCCAGAUACAGUGAAAGUAACUUCAGUGUAGAUGACCAGGACCUUUCCAGGACUGAGUUUGAUUCCUGCGAUCAGUAUUCCAUGGCAGCAGAGAAGGACUCAGGCAGGUCAGAUGUCUCAGACAUAGGCUCUGACAAUUGCUCCCUGGCUGAUGAGGAGCAGACACCACGGGAUUGUCCAGGUCACAGGUCCUUACGUACUGCUGCUCUCUCUCUGAAAUUGCUGAAAAACCAAGAAGCAGACCAGCACAGUGCACGGCUGUUUAUCCAGUCACUUGAGGCCCUUCUUCCUCGGCUUAUAGCUCUUCCCAGCAUAGAGGAGGUCGAUGGAGCACUACAGAACUUCUCUUCAACAUUCUGCUCAGGUAUGAUGCACUCACCAGGAUUUGAGGGAAACCUAAAUUUCAGCUUCCAGACUCUGAUGAAUGCAGACAGUCUCUACAUGGUCUCCCAUUACAUUCUGCUGCUCAACCUAAAAUUGGCCAACUCCGAUUAUUACAGGAAGAAGCCUGCCCAGGCCCCUGUGUUGCUGAAGGACUUCAUGAAGCAGGUCCAGUCCAGUGGAGUGUUGAUGGUAUUUUCCCAGGACUGGGUUGAAGAACUAUACCACCAGGUACUAGAAAGAAACAUGCUGGGAGAAGCUGGAUACUGGGGAAGCCCUGAAGAGCACAGCCUUCCACUUAUCACCAUGCUGACCGACAUUGAUGGCUUGGGAAGCAGUGCAAUUGGUGGCCAAUUGAUGGCAUCUGCUUCAGCUCAAUCUCCUCUUUCCCAAAACCGGAAGACAGACGAUUCUCUUGUUGCAGGAGUUGCUUUUGCCCGAUACCUUUUAAUCGGCUGUUGGAAGAACUUGAUUGACACUUUGUCCACACCACUGACUGGCCGCAUGGCAGGCAGCUCCAAGGGGCUGGCCUUCAUCUUGGGAGCAGAAGGAGCCAAAGAGCAGAACCAAAAGGAAAAGGACUCCAUCUGCGUGAGCUUGGACGGACUGAGGAGAGCAGCCCGGCUGAGCUGUGCUCUAGGAGUUGCUGCUAACUGUGCAUCUGCUCUUGCCCAAAUGGCUGCUGCCUCCUGUGUCCAAGAAGAGAAAGAGGAAAAAGAAAUCCAAGAGCCCAGUGAUACUAUAGCUCAAGUGAAACAGAAAGUGGAGCAGAAACUGGAGCAGAUGGGGAAAGUGCAGGGAGUCUGCCUGCACACUGCUCAUGUUUUGUGUAUGGAUGCAGUCCUUAAUGUGGGCUUGGAGAUGGGAAGUCACAAUCAGGACUGCUGGCCUCAUGUGUUCAGGGUGUGUGAGUACAUCAGCACGCUGGAGCACACCCACUUCAGUGACGGUGCUUCCCAGCCCUCCCUUACCAUCACCCAGUCCCAGCAGGCACCUGGAGGGCUGCACCAAGACUCUGAGCCUAGCGAGUCUCCCCAGGCACUGACCCCUGAGCAGGAGACCACCCUCAGCAGCAAUCCUGUCAUUCAGCCGAUUUCUAUCCACGAACUCAUCAAGGAGAGCAGUAAGGGCAGAGCUUUUGACUUCCGUGGAGGCAGCCUGCUGUGUGGGACUAGUGCUGCCAAGGCUGUCCUGACACUCUCCACGCAAGCUGACAGGCUCUUUGAAGAUGCUGCUGACAAGUUAAACUUGAUGGCAUUGGCAGGCUUCCUUUACCAGCUCAAGAAGGCUUCUCAGGCCCAGCUUUUCCAUUCAGUCACAGACACAGUUGAUUAUUCCCUAGCAAUGCCAGGUGAAGUAAAAUCUACCCAGGACAGGAGAAGUGCCCUUCACUUGUUCCGGCUCGGUGACGCCAUGCUCAGAAUUGUCAGGAGUAAAUCUCGGCCGUUGCUCCACCUCAUGCGCUGCUGGAGCCUGGUGGCACCUCACCUCGUAGAGGCUGCCUGUCAUAAGGAGAGACAUGUGUCUCGGAAGGCUGUCUCCUUCAUCCAUGACAUCCUCACUGAAGUACUGAUGGACUGGAAUGAGCCUGCUCAUUUUCACUUUAAUGAGGCACUUUUCCGCCCCUUUGAGCGUAUAAUGCAGCUGGAGCUGUGUGAUGAGGAUGUCCAAGACCAGGUGGUCACCUCUAUAGGAGAGUUGGUGGAAAUGUGUUCUACCCAGAUCCAGUCAGGAUGGAGACCCCUCUUCAGUGCCCUGGAAACAGUGCACAGCAGCAGCAAGUCAGAGGUUAAGGAGUACCUUGUAGGCGAAUACUCCAUGGGGAAACGCCAGGCUCCGGUGUUCGAUGUCUUUGAAGCUUUUCUAAACACAGACAGCAUCCAAGUCUUUGCCAAUGCUGCCACCAGUUAUAUUAUGUGCCUUAUGAAGUUUGUCAAAGGACUGGGGGAAGUGGAUUGUAAGGAGAUGGGUGACUGUGUGCCAGGAUCAGGAUCUGCAUCUACAGACUUGUGCCUUCCCGCGCUCGAUUACCUCAGGAGAUGUUCUCAG